CGAAUGAGCUCAUUCAUGUCCAAAUCUCGGCAUAAAUGUGCGCUGCGAAAUGACCCCCGCGAUUCUCACACAAGUAGUAGUUCCAGCCCGGGGUCGGCUCGACGACUAAGAGGAUCCGCUCGCCUGACGCUCGCUACUGGAGGGGACGCGACCGGUUGUUCGUUACAGUCAGCGGGGCAGUCGGCGGCACCAUGCAGGAACAGCUCCAGCUACUCGACAGCAGCGUUAGAGUUUGAGAAGGAGCACCAGAUUGCUCCGGUCUACGAGUCGCCCAGGAUGUCGCGGCGGAGCCUGCGUCUGCAAACGGUUGCCGGUCACCAUGGCAAUGACAGUUUUAUGGACUACACUCAGAACCAGAGCAGCUAUACGACCAGGAAAGAGUCACGGACCCUGCGGAGCAGAAAGCUGCAUUCCAGUUCCAAUACAAUGUCUUUGUCCCUGAGCCAAGCUGGCACACCCAGGAAAGACCUCAGCUUCUCCGCCGUCAGUACCCCGAUAAACAGCGGCACGAUGGCGGAGGAAAGCGACGCCGGCCUGCACACGACGGCGGCGGAGCAGGCGCACCUGAGACAGCGCACCGUCACUACGAGCACAACCACGACGACUGGCGACGGCAUCUGGGGCAGGACGUCCCACUCCGAACGCAGCUCGUCGAGCGUCAACGGCGACGUCAGCGCUACCAAAUCUCAGGUGGCGCUCGCCAACGGCUACAUCUGUAAAGACUGCUCCUUCCACUCUCAAACGAAUGACUCCCUCAUCACACACUCGUCACCAACGUCAUCGUCGUCGUCGCCCUCGUCACACGCCGCAGAGGUGUGCACGGAUGCACUCUCCUAUUCAUCGUCACCUUUUACAAGUAUAUACUCCCGAGACCGGAGUCGGAAAAGCAAGACGGGUGUCCUCACGUCAGUGUCUAACACGUGUGUGCGCCUCAGCAAAAAAGUCCUGGCUCCUUUUGUGUCCAUCUUGGCGACGCUCUACAGCAGCGUGCUCUGGCUGCACACGCGAACCAAGAGCAGCACGCAAGGACGAGCAGGUGUCUUGGCGUCAUGCACGGACUCCCUGAAACAAACGGCUUUGACUCAAGUGUGGCUACUCAAGCGCAGGAUGAUCGGCGACAGCUCUCAAGACUCUCAAGUACAAGCUCACUCGAGUUACUGUGGGAGCGUGAAUGUCAAAGAUCUGGUGACAGAAGAUUCAUCACAUCUCAAUCUCAAUGGUUCCCUAUGUGAUGACUGUAAAGGGAAGCAGUACUCUGAGACGCACGCCGCCCUGCUCACGCGGUCGUCCAGGUCUCGGCGCCUGGCGGGGGCGCUGUGGAGCCUUCUGGCUUACACAGGUUCCUGCGUCCUGCAGCCGGGCCACUGCGUGGUAAGAGGCGCUCAGUCUUUGGGCUCAAGCGCUGGGACGCUGACACGGAGGCUGCUCGCACUGCUGUGGGCGAUCCUAGCAGCUCCGGUGAAGGCAGGCCGAGGUCUCCUGUGGUUUCUUGCCAGUGGCUGGUACCACCUUGUGUCCCUCGUGUCUCUACUCAAUGUCUUCUUUCUGACACGAUGUCUUCCCAAACUCUGGAAGCUGCUCCUGCUUCUUCUGGCCCUACUCCUCCUCUUAGCAUUGUGGCUGUGGGGUCCGUCGUCCGCCGUCCUGCUCGGUUACCUCCCGGCCGUAAACCUCACCGAGUGGCGUGCUUCGUCUCCCAUCGCCUACCUGUCGAACUUGUUGCCGGCGUCUGCUCCACUUUCCGUACCUACUGCAGAGUCUCUCCUGGGUCAGACCUUCGCCCCUGUAUCGCCAACGCCGCCAAUUGUGGCCCCUGGCGUGGACUCCACGCGCCUUGAACGUCUGGAGCGCCAGCUCGCUCUGCUGUGGGAGCGAGUCCAGCAGAGUGACCAGAAGCAGGAGCAGCAUCGCACCAACAUAUUGGCUCUGUACAACACCCUGCGCGAGAAGCUCCACACCGAGACCGACAGGGAGACGCUCGAACUGUGGCUGUCGUCCGUGCUGGAGCAGAGGCUGGGCGUGCUGCGAGGAGAGCUGAAACAGGACAAUGCCCGCAGAGAGCAGAGCGAAGAGGAGCUGAAAGCGCUUCAAGGGAGUCAAACGACACGCUUAGCUGACUUGGAGUCGCUGCUCAACGCUUUGGCUGCCAAGACUAAGGAGGUGGAACAGAAGCAGCAACAAUAUGAACUUCACAAGAAGAAAAUGGAAGAAGUAGUUGUCGCUCCAGCAGUAGACGCACCUCUUCUUAGUGUGGGCGUGAAUCACGAGGAGCACGGCGCGUUGCUGGGUGAGGUGCAAAGACUUGAGUUGGACUUGGGAAAAAUCAGGCAGGAACUGCAGGGCGUCAUGGGAUGCAAGGGCAAAUGUGGGCAGCUGGACUCGCUGCAGGAGACGAUAACGACUCAGGUGUCCUCCCAGGUACGUAAGGAGUUGCAGGGGCUGUUCUUCAGCAGCGACGCUUCCGGUGAGGCUCAGGGCGAGGUGCCGGAGUCUCUGGUCCUCUGGCUGUCGCGGCGCUACAUGAGCACGUCUGACCUGCGGGGGGCGCUGGCCGCCCUGGAGCGCGGCAUCCUGAGCAACGUUUCCCGGCAGCUGGAGCUGAGCCGCGCUCGGACUCUCAGCGAGGCCGAGUCCAAGGCCGCGUCCAUUGUUGGCGCGGUGACCGGCUCGGUGCAGAGCGCUGCCUCUGCCGAGGGCCUGUCGGAAAAGCAAGUAAAAGUGAUUGUCCAGAAUGCGCUGAGGCUCUACUCUCAGGACAGGACCGGUCUAGUGGACUACGCCCUGGAGUCCGGAGGUGGUAGCAUCCUCAGCACUCGCUGCUCUGAGACACACGAGACCAAGACGGCCCUCAUGAGUCUGUUCGGCGUUCCUCUCUGGUACUUCUCCCAGUCCCCUCGAGUUGUCAUCCAGCCUGACAUGUACCCAGGCAACUGCUGGGCGUUCAAAGGCUCGCAGGGUUACCUCGUGAUCCGGCUUUCCAUGAGAAUCCGGCCCACGUCCUUCUGCUUGGAACACAUUCCCAAAGCUCUGUCCCCCACUGGAAACAUCACCAGCGCCCCACAGAACUUCACAGUCUUUGGUCUAGAUGACGAGUACCAAGAAGAAGGCGAGUUGCUUGGUCACUACACCUACCAGGAAGGCGGAGAAUCACUGCAAACCUUCCCUGUUAAGGAGCCGACGGAGAAGACCUUCCAGAUCAUGGAGGUGCGGGUGCUGUCCAACUGGGGGCAUCCUGACUACACCUGCUUGUAUCGCUUUCGAGUCCACGGAGAGCCUCGGCCUCAGUGAACCAACCAGCGCUCUACACCUACACCAUAGAAAUAUGGUAUGUAUCGAUACCGUGGACAUCUGUACAUACAGCAAAGGCGCGCUGAAGCACUUUGGGGAUGUUUAUAAUAAUGAGAGAAAAUACUAAAAGUUGUGGAUUGUCAAAAGAAAGCGGACCGACCGAAUGGUGGAGGUGUUUUUUUUUUUUUUUUUUGUCCACAUGGAGACUUUUUACGACAACAACUGAAGUCCAAAUCUUUUUAUUUUGAAAGACACCUCUUGCACUGAAUGAACGUAUGAGGGCACAAGACUCACGAAGCAAACUAAAAUGGAACUCGGGCGGGUUCACGCCCUUCCUCAUACUGCAUCCCGUUGUGAUUUGGGCUGUUGUUUUUUUUUUUUUUAAACUUCCUAUUUUGAUUUGGCUGGUCGUCACGCGUCGUCAUCCAUUUCAUUUGUUGAUGGGAAUGUUUUUUCUACUGUGCGAUGCACAUCACCCUUUAAGGACACCGCAACGCUACAAACCACUUGAGGAGGCCCUUCUGCUCUGUAUAUUAACCAGCGUAGACAACAUUUGUGUGUGGGUGAUUUUUUUUUUUUUUUUUUUUUUUUUUAUUUUUUUUUUUAUUUUUUUUUUUUUAUUAAUGUACCCUUUCAUGAGUGUUGGCUCUGAAAAUCAUGUGCCUGGAUCUCCAAUCGGCAAUCAAUUCAGAAUGGUUAGAAUACAUUAUGCUUGCAUGUCGUCGUCGUCGUCCCCCCCCCCCCCCCCUCUUUUUUUUUUUUUUAAAUUUAUUUUCUGUUCUGGUCUCCCUUCAGCUAAGUUCCCGCUUUCUUUCAUCCGAGACCUGGACCGAUUGUUAUCUGUAUAUUUUAUGUCCAUCAUAUAGUCUGUAUUUUUAUGAUAUCUGCUUUUAUCAGUGUUGUUUUUUAUCAAAACAACCCAUCUUUAUUAUUUUAAUCGCUGUUUGUUUUGGGGGUUGAUGAUUUUUUUGUAAGGAUGCACUGCAGAUUUGGUUGUUAGUGGCACAGGACUUGUUUGUUUAAUUGGGGGUGUGACUCAUCAUCUUGAUUGCAAAUAUAAGUGAAUGCCUGAAUUAUGUAUAAAAAUGUUUUUUUUCCCCACGUUCUUAUUUAUUAAUUGCGGUAAAUGAGUUUCUGCUAUGUAUAUUUUGCUGAAAUCUUUUCAGUGCAUUUUGGAAGCAUCUUGGUUUUUUUGUUUUUUUUUUUAAGAAAAAAAGAUAAAUGGCUAUUUUUGUUCUGUCCUAAGACAAGUGCUUUGGAAAAUAUUCCAAUAAAGAAUUUAAUUUUGAAAAUUUA